AUGGAGAAGCUUUUCACGACAACAAACUGCUCUGCUGCCGAAAUGGUACCUAUUGGGACCUACUAUUUGAAGAAAGAGGCGGAUAAUUGGUGGGGUACGGUGAAGGAUGUGUGUAUGGCUACAGCUAGUUUUGGGUGGACCCAGUUCUCCGCCAAGCUAAAAGAGAGAUUCUACCCUGAUGAGUUGCGCUGGCAAAAACAUGAGGAGUUUCUAUCUCUGACUCAAGGGAAUAUGGAUAUCCAGAAGUACACCGACCGCUUCACAGAGCUGUCUAAAUUCGCUGGUACUGUUAUUCCCACCGAGGCUGAGAGGGUUAAGAGGUAUAUAAAGAAAAUGAAUCUGAGGGUAAGGACUCUGGUGCUGUGUUCGGGGGUUACCACUUUCCAAGCUGCUUAUAAGAUGGCCCUGAGUGUCCAUGCAUCACUGAGAGAGGAAGAAGCUGUUAAGGCCACAUCUGUAAGGAAGCCUUUUACGUCUGUUGCUCCUAGUCCGGCUAAGAAGCCGAGGUUUGAGUCAAGUUUCCGUGGUGGAUACCAAGGCUUCAGUUCUAGGCAUGGUUUUGAUCCGUCCAAGUGUCGGAGGUGUAAGAAGCCCAUGCAUCCGGGGAAGGAUUGUGUGGGUGCUGCCAUUAUUUGCUUCUAUUGUAGGGAAGCGGGUCACAAGAGUUAUGAGUGUCCCAAGAAUCCGAGGGCUACGGCUAAGCCCCCUGUUCCUCCUAGUCAUUCUGCUCCGUCAAAGAAUCGGGUUUACAGUAUGACUCAUUCCAACGCCGAUGUUCAUCCCGACGUCAUCUCUGGUACCUUUCUUGUUAAUUUUGUUCCUGCUUCUGUGUUGUUUGAUUCUGGUGCUUCCGUGUCUUGUGUGUCUAAUUCUUUUGCCAAGGAAGCUAAAUUGACUUCGAGUUCUCCUAUUCGAACUCUUAUUUCUCUACCUUCUGGUGAGAAUUACCCUUGUUUGGCUGAAUAUUGUGGAGUGCCUAUCUCUGUGUUGGGUAUUGAUCUUCCUGCCGAUCUCAAGGCUUUCUCCAUGGUCGAGUUUGAUGUUAUUUUGGGCAUGGACUGGUUGUUCAAGUAUCGUGCUUAG